UUGGUUAAAGACAAUUACAAAGUUGGCUUACUGUCAGCUGUAGAAUAUAUCAAGAAUUAGAGGACAUGUGUCCCAGCAGGACUUGAAAAACGCUGAAAGUCGUCCAUAUUGAUGCUUUAAACUGUGUGGACGGUUCUAUUGCAGGUUGUUUCCAGCUCACAGCAGCAACACCUGACCAUCAAAUGAUUAAAGUGACGGAAGGAUGAGGGCUUACAGUUUCAGCUCUGACACUGCCUUGCAGGUGUGUCUGCAGAUAUCUUGUGUUUAUAUUUUUAACAGCUGACCUUUUUAUUUCAAACUGUCUGACUUUACGUGUUUGUAUCAAUGUUUUCACAUCAUAGCAGUCCGCUUCGUUCUUUGGCUCAGCCCAAUGACGCUAAUCUAUCAACUGAGGUGUUACCACCACCACAGCAGCUCAGUCAGUGUGAACGUUGUUUUGAAAAAAAUCCAAGUGUCAAACUUAGGGUAACAUGAGCAGCAUGAAUAGACCACACAGGAAGAAGCCCCUCCUCAGUUACACUUCAGUUCAGCUUGGUGUUCAGACAGUCAACAUGGAGGUCGGCGCGCUCUGCAUCAAACUCUUGGUCCACGUGUUAAUCCUGCUGUGUGCACAUGUUCAAGACAUUGAUUCACUGAUUCUCCGUCUUGAACCAAACAGACUGCAGUUCUUUGAAUACGAGUCUCUGAUCUUCCAUUGUGAGGGCUCUCAUGACUCGACUGGAUUAAAAAUUUUACAUCGGUCCAAAGGGGAAUUACUCAAAUGUAGAACUACAGUGACAUCAAAAAGGUCAUCCUGCACUAUUCCUACUAUUUUUCCAGAGGACAGUGGGCAAUACUGGUGUGAGUCCGGAGAUGGGAAGAGAAGUGAAAUCAUCCACAUCAAUGUUACUGAUGGUCCUGUGAUCCUGGAGAGUCCCAUCAGUGUGGUGGAGGGAGAGGCUGUGACUCUGCGCUGCAGACACAAGACGACCUCUACCAAUCUCUCAGCUGAUUUCUACAAAGAUAGCCACUAUAAAAGAAGAAGCUCUACAGGAAACCUGAGCAUCCCCAGUGUUUCCAAACGUGAUGAAGGAUUCUACAAGUGUAUCUCUGGAGGAAGAGAAUCAGCCGAGAGUCUGAUGGCUGUCCAAGUUGAUCCUGUGAUCCUGGAGAGUCCCAUCAGUGUGGUGGAGGGAGAGACUGUGACUCUGCGCUGCAGACGCAAGACGACCUCAUCCAAUCUCUCAGCUGAUUUCUACAAAGAUGGCCGCCUUAUCAGAACAAGCUCUGCAGGAAACAUGAGCAUCCCCAGUGUUUCCAAACGUGAUGAAGGAUUCUACAAGUGUAUCUCUGGAGGAAGAGAAUCAGCCGAGAGUCUGAUGGCUGUCCAAGUUGAUCCUGUGAUCCUGGAGAGUCCCAUCAGUGUGGUGGAGGGAGAGACUGUGACUCUGCGCUUCAGACGCAAGACGACCUCAUCCAAUCUCUCAGCUGAUUUCUACAAAGAUGGCCGCCUUAUCAGAACAAGCUCUGCAGGAAACAUGAGCAUCCCCAGUGUUUCCAAACGUGAUGAAGGAUUCUACAAGUGUAUCUCUGGAGGAAGAGAAUCAGCCGAGAGUCUGAUGGCUGUCCAAGACAACCAGGGAGAGAAUGUUUCAUCCUGUUCUACCCCUUGGAUAGUUAUGACUGUUUUAUCGAUUCUGUUGUUGCUGGUUGGACUUCUUCAUUUCGGCAAAUAUAUUCAGAACAAAGUCACUGUUGAGGCCCCUCGAGUGGCAGCAGAUGCACCAAGCGACCAAACGAUGUAUGCUGCGAUUACAAAAGACAGGACAAAGAGAGAGCAAGGAGUAUCCAGAACCAUGACGGCGACAGUUCACUCAGCUGGUACCAACCGACCUUUGACACAGGAACCCCUCUAUUCUUUGAUCCAGUCGCAACGUGACGGCUGAAUGAAGGACGAGCAGCACAUGAGACGUUUGGUUGAACCUGAUGUGUGAAAAAACACUUUUUAUUUUAUUUUACAUUGUAGAAAUGGUUUUCAUGCUUUGCGCCCUACAUGUGUUGAUGUUUAAAGAUAUUUUAAAGUGAUGUGGUUUGUAUUUUCAGAUGUAUUAUCUGUUAUUAUCUAGUGACAGUUAAACCCACAUGUUCCAUCUGCUGUGUGUAUUUACGUGAGUGUGAAACUGUGGUCAACCACCGCCUUGAUGCUGCAGCUUCACUUUCAUCUGAAGCACACUGACCGAGUCCAAAUAAAGAAAUGAGUCUGACACUUUAAGUCUAACGUGGUUG